UAGGAAGGAGGCUUUUGGACAUUCUGUCUUUCGACCGGGAAAGAUCGGAGACUAAUUCUCUCUAGCUUUUGGGGCUUCGGCCAUUGGGGGCUACAACCAUUGUUACGAUUACUGUUAUUCUUGGAUUCAAUAAAGCUUUUCAAUUGUGUUUCUUAUUCAUCUUUCUAUAAUUGUUCUGGAUUCCUGGAGGUUCUUAUGAUUGGUAUCAUAGACUUACUUCCUGGAGACGGAGAAUUUGAAGCAUGGAGGAGGAUUUCUACAUGACACCUCAAAUGGAAGAGAGUUUUGAUAAUAUUGACCGACUGAUGAGGGAGUCAAACGCUAGGUUAGCCACGAUGAUGGCUGAUAUGCAAGCGACGAUGCAAGCUGGCAUCACAGAAUUGCAGAAUCGACUUAAAAGUUGUUCGCGGAAUCGAUCACACAAAUCGCAUAGGUCGCAUCACGACUCUCUUCAUCGACGUACGCAACAUCCGAUUGACUCAGAGGAAUCAGAAGAACAGAGUCUUCGCUGAAGACCUGGAGAUCGAUCGAGGAACUUCAGCCAUGAGCCGCUAUCACCGACGAAUUCGCAGAUGAAAUUGCGAACUUCUCAUAUUUCGCAGUCUCUACUCACAGACUUGCUCCUCAGAUAUCAAUAUGCGUUCAAGAACGAAGCUAGGGGGAGAAUCAUCAUAUUCGUCGCCAAAGGAUUUUCACAGUUCACCUUCCUCGUCAAAAGUCAAUUCUCGGAAAUCGGCUAUUUCAAAGAAGGAGGAAUUACCUCUAUUCUACGAGCAUGAAGCAUAUGAAUGGAUUGGGAGGAUGGAAAGAUAUUUCCGAGUCCAAGCUAUUGCAGAAAGAUUUAAAGUGGACAUGGCAGCGAAGGCUAUGGGGGAAGAAGCAGAUGGCUGGUUUCAAUGGUGGGAUUUUCAAAAGAGAGAAGACAGUUGGGAGGCACUAAAAGAAGAUUUGAUUAGGGAUUUUCCACCUAGACACUGACAGAAGACAGGGAAGAUGGCAAAGGGAAGACAGCAAAACAGGAGUCAUCCAAGUCACGAAGAACUUCCAGCUCGCAAUCUUCUAAGGGAAUUAAUGUUACUCCAUGUUUGAAAUCGAGUACCGCUUUGACCAGCUCGCUAAUUAAUCAUCAUCUUCGAUCGUCAUCAGAAAGAACUUUUACUGAUUUGCAGAUGUCAUCAAAACUUUUGUCCCAGGUUUCCGAAUCAAGAUGGAAUCCAAUUGAAUCAUUAGUUUCAAAUGAACCUGUAAUCAAGAUGGAACCAACUGAACCUGUAAUCAAGCAAAGGAGUAAGGAAGAUGAAAUCAUGGAGGAAAGAGUCCUAAUGGUUCCUGAAAAGUCUGAUCCAAAGAUUCAUAAGGAUCAUGUUUAUUUUUUUUCUGAAGAAUCUGCUAUCACCCGGGGAAACCGCUCACAGGUUAAUGUUGCUGAUAAAUCUAGCCAUGGCCAACACAUCGAAUUACAACAAGCAGAAUUACAGCCAUGGAUUGAGAGCAUGUCAGACUACCCCAAGUCUAACUUACAUAAUUCCCUUAGAGAAAAUGAAAGUUAUCAAUUGUUGGGAGACAUCUAUGCAAUGAAAGCUCAUAACCUAUUACUUCCUGAGGUUUAUAAAGUCUUCACAAGGUUUUUACAGAGGUUGAACCCAAAGAGUUACCAGCAAACUCCAGUUAUUAGGGCUCCUGGUAGCAUACAGCCUUUGGAUGUUCACAUUUUACCUUAUGUUAGGCAAAUGUGGACCAAACCACGACAACAUCGUGAAGAAUUGGUUAUUGAUUCACCAGAUCUUCUGUUACUAUGGUUGAAACCUUUACCCAUUGAUGACGUCAAAACUGUGAGCGGAGUUUCUCCUGAUCCUAAUACCAGGAUAAGUAUUCAAAGCAAGAAGCGGGAACUAUGGGAAUGGGGAGGAAUUUCAAGGGUGAAAGAAAUGAAGAUGAAUGGUCAAGUAUUGAUGCUGAUGGGUGCAGUUUACAAAAGGAAUGGGCCUAGUCUUAAGUUUGAUAGAAAGGAGUGCAAUAUCAUGGAACAAAUGCUACUUCGGGAUCAGGAGUGGGGAAUACAAUUGGAGAUUGUUGAAUUCUUAAAUUCAAAUAUAGAAACACAGUCUGACUCAAGUUCUCUUGAACCUUCUUCUGACAUGUGUGUUAAUGAAGUUCUGCAUGAGAUAUUCAGUGUGAAGUUCAAUCAAGAGAUAGGGUGAAGUCAGAAGCAAAUGCUAGGCUGAGGCUGGUCAGGAGUUUUUCAUAUAGAGGACUAGAAGUUUGGAAAAGUAUGACACCACCACCAGCUAGAUAUUGGGAGGGGAGAGGCACCAGGAGGAAGCUGAAUUCCAAGCUAGGUUCCUAUCUCCCCACCUUUAGGACAAGGUGGUUGUUUAGGGAGGGAGUAUUGAUAGGAACCCACUUAUUAGACUAGUAAUAGUAGUAAUAAUAAUAGUAGUAGUAAUAAAGGUCUAGGAGUACUCUAGUAUAAAUAGAUGGGAAGGGGGAGUUAGUAAGGAGGCUUUUGGACAUUCUGUCUUGGGACUGGGAAAGAUCGGAGACUAAUUCUCUCUAUCUUUUGGGGCUUCGGCCAUUGGGGGCUUCAACCAUUGUUACGAUUACUGUUAUUCUUGGAUUCAAUAAAGCUUUUCAAUUGUGUUUCUUAUUCAUCUCUGUAAUUGUUCUGGAUUCUUGGAGGUUCUUAUCAUCUUCUCGGAAUGAUCAAAGUUAACCGGACAAUUCUUGUGACCUGUCAUAUGAUUUGAACACCCUGAGUCCAAAUACCAGGUAUUGUCAUUAUUUUCCACCAUGUGUGUUGUCAUCAUCAAAGUUACAGGUUCUUCAUCAGAACCAGUGCCAGAUUAGCUUCAUCACGUUGUCUUUCAUUCUCAGAUUGAUCAUUCUGGGCAGGUGCUCUACACUCAUUUGAAAAAUGCCCAAUCUUAUUGCAAUUGAAGCAUUUUAUCUUCCUCCUAACAAUCUUCUUCUUUCCACCUCUACCUUGAUGGAAACCACCACGUUUGUAGGAAGUUUCAGCUCCUUCUUGAUCAUUCUUGUGUUGAUCAUGAGUGUAAUUCUACUGUCCAUAAUUGCUUCUACCCUACCUCUUCCUCUGCGCCUACCAUGAAAGCCUCAUCUCCCAGUGAAUGGUUUCUUGGUAGUCUGAGCAGACAAUGCAUGAUCUGUGGCUUUAUCAGACUUUCUUUCCAGAAUUCUGUGUUCAUUGGCUUCUAGGGAACCUUUUAGUGCUUCCAAUUUCAACGUUGUAAGGUCCCUAGAUUCCUCAAUCGCUACCACUAUGUGAUCUAAACUGGGAGGUAGGGUUCUUAAUAUUUUUUCAACAAUAUUUUGCUCAGUCAUCUUCUCUCAGCAUAGCUUCAUUUCAUUCGUUAGUGAAAUCAUGCGAUUCACAUAGUCAUCUACCUUUUCAUUAACUUCCAUCUGCAUCAAUUCGUACUGUCUUUGCAUGGAUUGAAGUUUCACCUUCUUCAAUUGAUCAGCUCCUUCAUUGCUGUCCUCCAGGAUUUUCCACGCUUCCUUAGCAUUCGUUGCAUUGGCAAUCUUCUCAAAAUGAGCGUUGUCAACACACUGCUGAAUCAGAAACAUGGCUUUGCAGUCUCUUUUCUUGUUCUCAGCGAAAGCACUCUUCUCCGCUUCUGUGGAUCUCUCGGCCAGAACCGGAAAUCAUCCUUCCACUAUCUCAAGGACAUCUUGAUAGCCAAACAAAACUUUCAUUUGUAUGGACCAUCAUGGCCAAUUCUUGCCGUCGAGAUUAGGGAGAUUUGAUGUGAGAUUGUUCAUCGCCUUCGUCGUUCUUGGAAUUCCAGAGUACGCAGAUCAUCUUGCUCUGAUACCAGUUUGUUAGAGUGCAGUACAUGGUAUAUUUGUACCAAUAUUAUUUGAGAGUCUAGCUAUUUGUUUAUUAUUAUUUAACAGAAGGGAUUUUCCUCUUCUUUUGUUUUUGCUUGAUAAGCAACAAUUGCUUAUUGCUCCGUAAUUGAAUGCCUGGUUUCAAGUUAGCAUUUUUGUUGUAUCUGUUUUGUUUUCUGAUUCAUUAGUUUUCAGAACUAUUUUUUCAGUUCUUGAUAGAAUGGUUUCUGGUUUUAGACUAUUAGUACAUAGUUUUGUUCUCUCAGUCUUGAUUAGGUAUUCAUUGAAUGCGUUUUAUCAGGCCUUGCUUGGGCUCUCUCAGUCUGCUAUUAUUUUCCAGGAUCCCAGCCCAGGUGCACGUCUGAGUUAUCUCUUGAGCUGGUUCUGUGUGUUUCUUUUCACCCCGAUGUUAAUUGAUAAGCUUAUUGCAGCAUAGCAUGAUAAACAAAAUCUAACUUUCAAAUAGUCCAGCUAUGCCAUCCCCAUGUUAAAACAUUCCAGCAUUUCAGUUGACUCUGCAUUUUAAUGUGUAAUUCCUCAUCCUUGCUAGUUAGCUCUCUCUCUCUUAUUAUAUAAAACUGGUAAAUUGUGUUCAUAAAGUGAAAAUUGAAAAUGUACUGCACCUCAUCCAUCCCAAACUAUAGGUCAAAUUUAAUUUAAGAAUGGUAUUCAUUGAGAGACAACAAAAGUUAAAAGUAAAACCUUUAAAUGUAAAUGCUAUCUCACAGAUUGUCUAUGAAGUAAGUCCAACAUUAACAUAUCAUUUAAAAAAAUUAAGAUGUGUGAACAAAGAAACCAAAAAGUUAACUGAAAUAGUAAACUUCCACUGUCCUGAAAAUGUCAGCUAAUACUUAUGGUGAAGAAAAAGAAAAAGUUUAGUUUCGAAGUAUCCAGUGAUUCGUCUUUCUGUUUGUUAAUCUAGUCUUUUAGUCAAGUGUUUGCUACAAGUUGAAUAAGUAUUAACCUUUAGAUCUUCUUGUAAAGAUUAGUACUAAUUCUUAAAUGAAUACAUAUUUCUGCAAUUUAAUUAUGUCACACUAUUUAAUGUGCCUGAUGAUGGGGGAGAUCAACUUUUACCUGAAGUAGUGGGAAAGGGAAUAUGGUGUAAAGAAGCAGCAGGGAGAUACUACUAGUAAUAAAGCUGUAGAGCUAGGGACUAUUCUAAUUGGUUGUGCACAAUCAGUUGCUACUGAUGAUCACAAGUAUGAAAUUAAACAAUUAAAACACAUCUGAAAGCUGAUGCCAAUCGGAUGUUGGCAUUGUAUUGGAAAAUGGUCGAUCUUUAGGUGCAUUUGGUUUGAACGGGGUCCCAACUGUAUACAUUACGAAACCCUAACCAGUUCAUAGCUUUUCUGUUGUUGAAAGCAUGCUAGUUUACAUGUCAGCAUGCCUGUGUAAGAAGAUAUGUAAUUAAGUAUACAGUAAGUUUAUGAUCUAUGUAUAUACUAAGUUUAUGUCAAUAUUUGUUUUUAGGAAUUGCUAUCUUCUAUAGAUUUCAUAUGUAGUUCUAGGUUAAUGUCAAUGCCCUGCACACAUUUUCUCAUUUAGUCUGGAGUAUAUUUUGUUGCCGACUUUACUUGUAACUGUAUUUGUAUUUCUGCAAUUGCUGCAGUUUUAGUAUGUUACAUACUGACUAUUUUUUGUGUCAUUUCAUUCAUUCCACAGGAUAUGUUGAUUCCAUACCUAGAAGAUUAUGAAGACGGGUGACAUUUUUAAAUUUGACAUUUUUAAAUUUGAUGAUUCUCCUUCCAAUUAUAUCACUGAUGUUCUGACUUCUAUGAGAAAGUUCUUCGGGAGUUCCAUAAAGGUUCUAUCUUGAUGAGUUUAGUGGCUGGGGAAUGGCGGGGAGCGUGUAGGUUGUAGUAGCUUUAGCUUGAGAAUACACGAGUUAUUACAUAUUAGUAGCAGAGAGUGGGUAGGUUGUAGUAGUAAUUUGAGAUGAGUUAUGGGUCUUUCUGGGAAUUAUAUUUGAUGACAGGGAUGGACAAUACAAUUCACAUUGUUGAUUGAGGCAGAAGCAGACCACACGCAAUUCGUUAUUAUGAAGUUUGUUUAUUCUAUA